UGGAGACGUCGAUUUACGAUUGGACAGUCGGCCCCAGCACGAGCCGCCCCUUUCCAGCAAGUACAGUCGGAUUUUCGCUGCUGCUGCCGUCCUCUGCCUUUCUGACCAAUCUGUCAAAUCGGAUCAAUUUGUGGAGCGAAUUCGGAUCUCAGUAGCUUGUCACGGUACUCUUAGGAAUAUCCUCGUCGACGCCUUGCGGCACACACUCCUUCUGCUCAGCAGUCCUCGAUUGUCCCCGGAUUUCUACUUAACGGUCCCCCUCAAAUACACAAACUAUGGAUAAAGCGGAUCUUAUUCAGAUGGCCAAGCUGUCGGAGCAGGCCGAGCGCUACGAGGACAUGGCGGAUUUCAUGAAGGAUGUUACCGAGAAGGGCGACCCUCUGUCGAACGAGGAGAGGAACCUGCUGUCCGUCGCCUUCAAAAACGUGGUUGGGGCGAGGCGGUCCGCGUGGAGGGUGAUCUCCAGCAUCGGCGUGAAGAGCGAGGGCACCGAGAAGAAGCUGCAGCUGGUCAACGAGUACCGGGAGAAGGUGGAGAAGGAGCUGCAGGACAUCUGCAACAACGUUUUGAAUCUGCUGGAUAAGUAUUUAAUUGCAAACACCAAAAACUCUGAGAGCAAAGUCUUCUAUCUAAAGAUGAAGGGGGACUACUAUAGAUACCUUGCUGAAGUUGCCACUGGAGAAGAAAAAGCAAAGACCAUUGGCAACUCACAGCAAGCAUACCAGGAAGCAUUUGAUAUCAGCAAGGGUGAGAUGGACCCCACUCAUCCCAUCCGCUUGGGCUUGGCACUUAACUAUUCAGUCUUCUACUAUGAGAUCCUGACUUCCCCAGAGAAAGCUUGCCAGUUGGCCAAACAGGCAUUCGAUGAUGCCAUUGCAGAGCUUGACCAGCUAAGUGAGGAGUCCUACAAAGACAGCACUCUCAUCAUGCAGCUCCUCAGAGACAACCUGACAUUAUGGACAUCGGACAAUGCUCCUGAGGAGAGCGAAGGCGGAGAAGCUGGCGAAGGCGGCGAGACCGAGAACUAAAACUCGGUGUUGGGGUUAUCUCCUAAAACAACAAAAGGAAAAAAAAAACUUUUUACACAUCCUUCAUUCCUUAUUGCUCCACUCAAACAUUCUACCAAUGAAACCAUCGCUGAAAAGAGUUGUGUAAGGAAAUAAAUGAAUAAAUUAAAAAAAAUAUUCUUUUCACAAUAUAGAUUUGGACAAAUGUUGAAAAAAUAAAAGAAACCCUCCAUUCAUCUGGUUUGUGCUUGUCCUGGCCUUCCCAUGUGUGCAGUUUCAGCUGUAGAAAAGUGAUUGGUAGCUUGACAAUGGUAUCCGACUCCUAGCUCAAUUCAGUGGCGGAGAAAAUUAUGUCCCAUCGUUGAACAAGCCUAAAUCCCAUCAAUUGACAAAGGUGGAUUCCCCCCCUCCCCCUCCCCAAUAAGAAAUGUUAGAUAUAAAAACUAGUUUCUCCCAUAGCUUCUUUUCUUAGUGCGUCUGUCUCUACAGUUACGUGGUACGGUUACAGCAGCUGAAGUCCAACUUCAAACAAAUAUAAUUUUCAUACUGCAGGGAAAGCCAGUGCACUUAGAUGCUGGUGACAAUACGAUAAUAGAGCUAAGUAGUGCCCAUUGGUGAAAUCCUCACUUUCUGCCCUGGUUAUGAUGCCACUCUAUCACUGAAGCAUGUCUGUUUGUUCGGGGGAAAUGGUGGUGCUUGUUUGUCUGACCAAAUGCAGGGACCUUUUUAAUGGGAAGAAGACAAUUAUGUCAUGCAUGUCUCUUGAGAUAUUACACUGGAAUGGGAACAAUUGCUGUAACACACACGAGUCCAAGUGUCAGUUUUAGUAAUUUUCAAUGCAGGUUUGUACACAUCCUACAAGAGGGUGAUUUGUUAGUCUGUCCAGUGAUUGUCAUUAGAGAUUUGGACCACUAUUGUUUUGCUAUUCAUUCAAUUGUAGUCCCCAAAAGCCUCGUGGAACUGUUUGAAUCCCUAUGUAUCAGCUAUGUUAACAUGAAUAAAACAUUUUAUAAACCAA